GAAAAGAAGAAAAGUCUAAGUCAACUAACAAAAACGUCUGACUAAUAAAUUAUCCAACUCUAGUGCAUAUCUCUCCUUUUUCAUUCUUGACUGAGUCCUUCCCAACUUGAUAUUUUUUUUUCUUUCUUUAAUAUGAGCUUUUAUUAUCUAGUUGAUAUUCUUUUUCUAUUUUCUUUGUUUACUCAUUUAUCUACUCUGCUCACACCAAACCAACCCCCCAGAAAAGACAACUUAAUUCAGAUAUCAAUCAAUCAGUCAUGUUCUCUCCAAUACUCUUCGGUUUCUCAAACCCGAAUUCUUAUCUGAUCUUGAUAUUCUUCUCGUUCUACUUUCACCAUCUUCCUUGUGCUCUAAGUCAACCAGACCUUAAGUUUUGUGAUAACCUGUUUCACUGUGGGAAUAUAACAGCGGGGUUUCCUUUCUGGGGAGAGGCUCGACCAGAACCUUGUGGUCGUCCUUCUUUGGGGCUUCACUGUCACCAAAACUCGAACAAGACUUACUUUAUUUUCUCAGGUCAGAUGUACAGUGUCCUUUUCUUAGACAACUCAACUAACACCCUUGGGCUCGCGAGGCAAGACUUUUUAGGUGUAUCAUUCUGCAAUUCCACAUUAACCGGUACAACGUUGACUAAUGAACUCUUUCAGCUUUCGCCAGAGUACACGACCCUCUUUGUUUACUAUCUCUGCGAACCUCAUCUUACCAACCCCGCAAAUUUCAAAUGUCCAAAGAUUGGUAUUGCCUCAAUGCAUCGGAGCAAUGAAAAUCAUAAAAAGUGUUCUGCGAGUUUCAACAUCACUGUUCCCACAAGUUAUGCUCCAGAGAUGAAAACUCUGAACUUGUCCCGUUUACAAAGUGUUCUCCGAAAGGGAUUUGAGGUGAAACUGAUGAUUGAUGGGAGACCGUGUCAAGAAUGUAAAUCCACUGGUGGAGUCUGCGGCUACGAUGUUGGCACUCCUGUUUGCUGCAGGAGAAACUCUCCAUCCAAAAUCAAAUGCAAUCGAAUGAUUCCAUCUGCAUUGCAACGAUGCAACCAGACUAAAACAGAAAAUAAUAGCUCGUUCAUAAGUCGACUUGCAGCUUCCUAAGUUCCACUAUGACACAUAAUGCAACUAUAAACCUAUGUUGCACAAUAAGUAAAUCAACAAACAUUUACAAGAUACUAAUCACCAAGAAAUUCAAGAAUCACGGCUCAUACUAAUCACAUGUCACAAAUAUCUUUUCUUUCGGUUUUCCUAUGUUGGAUGUGUCACUUCUAAGACAUACCUUAUAUCCUAGUGAGCUCAAGAUAGAAGGUAGAAACUUGAGUGGCUUUAAAGUCUUGAUCUGUCUCUAGCAACUUGGUAUACACGGUUUCAAUCAAGUCAUUUUCAACUUAUGGACGUCUUCAUUACAAUGAAACAUCCCCUUUCUUUAUCACAGUCCCUUCUUCUACUUCAUAAACAUCGUUCAGUUUUCCAUGGUAAAUGGCUAAAGAGUCAUAGUCUUGUUCCACUCUUCUUUCUUUUUCUAGCCCCAUUUCUACUCUUGCUGACUUUUCUUAGUAAACUUUUUGUACCGGCACUUACGUUUUAAGUCGUCUUACAAAAAAACAAAACAAAUAAAUACUAAUAAAAAGUUAAAAACUGAUAUAUUAAUAGCAACCAUUCAAAA